GUACUCACAUUGUGAGAAAUAUGGGAUGUCUUAGAAAAUUGGUUGACCUCGUAAGUUGCAAAAUGAUCUAGGAAAUAAUCUAUCAACAAUUGGGGUUGCAUGGUGAUGUAGAGGUCUGGAGAGCUGCAUUGGUUUGAGCCAGGUUUGCUUGGGGACAAGCAGGGACACACACGAAGAAUUAGAGGAACCAGAAGCCACCGCGACGAGAGGAGUAGGAAUAGUGGCAUACGUCACACCACCCGGGGCACGAGGAGCAGAAGCGCACUGGCCACUAGCGAAGGGUGACGAACCCGACCGACCACCACGACACCUACCUCUCUAUGCAAGAACGUGGCAAUCCCCAAUAACAUGACUGGUCGCCUUACAAUAUUUGCACACCACACGUUUCAGGCAACAUACCUGGAUGUGACUCAGGUCCUUGCAAUGAUAACAGAUGAUCUCAUGUACGACCAAAAUGAGGACAACUUGGUUGAACCACAACAACAAGACCAGAAUAAGAGGAGUGGACAUCGAGCCGAGCUUGAGUAUGGAGACGCGUCUCCUCAUGAAUCAACUCAGCCAAGACUUCCUCAGGAGAGCCAACAUUGCAAUGAAGGAUGGAUGAGUGUAUUACUUCAAACGCAGGGUUUAGGUGCAUGAGGAACCCCAUCAGACGAGAGUUGAUGCGCUCCUUGAGCACCUCCACCGACACAGCUUCAGAAACAAGACGUGGUAGUAGGACCUGACGUCCAGAUACCCAUGAUGAAGAGUGGCAAUACCAGUCUCCAGCUCAAAUUUGCGUGAGAUAUCAGCUUGAGAGUGGAUAUGACGCAAAUGCUACCACAUGGCAUGAGCAGUCAGGAACGCCCGGAGACUAAGAUCAAUGGCUGGAUCCAUAGACGAAAAGAUCAAGGACAUGACUUGAGCAUUGUCAAUCAUGCAAUCACCCAGAACCUUGGUUGUGGCAUCCGCACUAAAAGUAGUAGAAGUACUAUCGAGAAUAGGGAGAAACCAAUGCCCCUACACAAAACACCGAAAUUGAAGUUCCCAUAAUGGGAUGUUCUUCCCAUUGAAACAAACUUAGAUAGCAUCCUUAGUUCCUUCUAUAAUAUCAGAAUAAUUGAGCAAGACAAACACCACCAGAAGCUCAAACGAAACACCCAAAUAACCGAGAGACAGUCGAGAACAAGGGACAGGCUCGAACACGAUCCAAGAGCCGAGAAGCAACCAAAAACAGACGAGCAUGACCAACAGGACGAGAAGCAUGAGAGGACCAAACAAGAAAUACCGUUUGCAGCAAGCCAACCGUGAAAAAGCCCUAAACCAAGGAACGAACAUAAGAACUCAUGCGCAACAAUCAAGAAUCCAAGCCGAGAAUAAUCACACAGGCUCUAGUACCAUGUCAAUCGAAGCUAGAACCGCAAAGCAAACACACAAAACACCGGAUUUGCGUGGUUUUCUUAACGAUAAUCAUUGAGAAUAAUCCACGGCACAAAGGUAGUUUUAGUUCUCUUAUUCAACAGAGUUACUGAGAACACAGUCUCUUUGGACUAUAAACAUAUGCGGCAGCGGCAACUCGCCCUCAACCCUAUACACAUAUUAUAUAAUUUACAAAAUAGCACCCAAAGUUUACAACUUCUAACAAUGAUUAACCAACCAAGAAACUGAUACUUGGGAAUAGCAAACUUGGUCCAUAUAACCCUCCAUCAAGCAGCUUUGGGUUUAUGAAUACAAAUUGAUUCCCACAUACGUUGAGCAGAAUAUUGCAAAAGAGGCUUCCCCUCCAAAGAGACAUGACCUACAAUCGAUGUUGGAACCACCUUCUAAAUAUUAAUACCAACUUCCAUAUCCAAUAACCGACGUUGGGAGCAGGGAGAGACCAGAUUGACAAGUUCUUUACAAAACACGUGUCGGUUGUAUUAUCAUCACUGUCAUAUUUAUCAUAUUAUCAUAUCAACCGUACCAUCAUUAUAUGAUAUUGGUAUAUAUGAUGACCCAUCUCCUUCAUUUUAACUCAUAGUUUUUAAAAAAUUGUAUACAAAGAAUGCAUUAAUCAUUAUCUACCAAAUUAUAUAUAAUUUAUUAUGUUUUGUCAAACAUAAGACAUCAUACUAAUAUCGUAUUAGUGUGAUAGUAUCAUGAUAUUACCGUGAUAUGAAGUAAUCAAAUUAUUUUGACAAACAUAAUACCUCAUACCAAAAUCAUAUGUUUUGUCAUAUCGUGAUAUAUGACAGUGGUAAGAUGUCGCAAAAAAAUUUGCUCCAAAAAAUUUAAAAAAGGAUAUAUUUUUUAGUAGAAAAAUUUAUGAAAUCCUAUGAAAAAUGAAUGAGAUAAUGUGAA